UUUCCAUCUUUCAUUAAAUAUUAUUGUUACUAUUUUUCUCUUCAAUCAAUCAUGAGCACAGUGCUGAGCCUAGUUUCGGCCGCGACAAAUAGUGGCGCGGCCAACGUAUACCAUGCUGGCGGCAGGGACAAGGCCUGUCGGUUUGGACAGUACUUCUCCCGCCUUUUGGUGUACCUCAUUUCGCAGCGCAUGAGCGCCAGGGGAAAGACGCCGGCCAGCAUCGAGUGGAUGGCCACCUUUGCCAAAACCCAGGCCGCCAUGGCCACCACGCGCAAAAUGAUGCGGUCGGGCAAGUUCAUCGACUUUCUGCAACUCUUCAUGCGCUCGCUCAAGAACAAGGGAGAGGACGAGCUGGUUCACCUGCUUGGGCUGUUCCACAAAGCCAGCAUGUUCGUGUUCAUGGCGGCAGACACCCUGGGCCUCAUGGGCAGCACGCUGACGCUGGUCAGGCUGAGAGAUCCGGCCAACGUUACGCGGGUCGGCCAGCGUGGAUGGCUGCUGGCCAUUGUGUGCCAGCUGAUAUCGGCCGCGUACCAGCUCCACAACAUCUCAGUGCGGGAGGCCGAUCUGCGGCGCGUUAGGAUGCAUGUGGAGAAGGCUGCCGACGUCAUGGGCGACAGGGAGUGCGCACUUGUCGCAUCGGCGCUGGACCUGGUCAUUCCGGCCAAGGGCCUCGGCCUGCUCAACAUCAACGAGGGCCUAGUCGCCCUGGCCGGCACAGUAACAUCGCUGAUGGGCAUCCAGGACGUGGUGUCUAAAGUUUCGUAUUGACAAUAAAAAGGGAGCCCCAAUAUUUACAGCAUGCACAUGUGAACA